AUGAUUCAAUCCUCAUCCUUCUACCACUGCUUCACGCGGGUCGUAUCGCAUGGCUACAGUAAGGACCCAGCUACCCCCCAUUGCGACUCCGUCUGCGCCGGCUCUACUUGGCGGAUCUUGGCAGUUCUUGUCCUACGACUCAACGACGUCGGAUCAACUCCAACGUGGGAUGACCAUCGCUGGGCCCAGACAUUCCAAACCCCAGGAACCCCCCCAUUGACCCUUUAUCCCACAUUGCCUUCAAUUGACCACUCACGGCCCCGAUACCCGCAGCCCACAAUCCCGAGGACGCAGCUCGAACAACGAAACACCCAUCACACAGGCCAGAACAAAGGGACGAGAGAGACAUCGUAUCGCAUCGCACAUGGAGCUGGGCGCGUCGACGAUCCAAGCGCGAUGCUGAUCCCUUCUGUCGGUUUUCCUCACCUGUGCCGCCUUUCGCCCAUCACCCCGCGUCGACGCCCGUAUCUGCGCUCGUGCCACCCGAGAUGA